UGCCAGGAAGAUAAUAAAGGAGUUCUACCAUAUCCUCUGUUAUAUCUUCUACUUCUCUGUUAAACCCUUCUUCUCAUAAUUGUGAGCCACAAAACCCCGCCAAAAAAGCCACCGGAAAUUACAGUCAGUCCAGUCCAAUCCACCGGUCCGACUACCUCCGCCCUGGGUCCCCAUUUCUUCUUAUCCAAUCCAAAUAUGUCUGUUCACUGAGCUUCUUCUACAUACUCUGAAAAAUGGCGCUAAAGUUCCCCAUACAAUUCCCCAUUUUCUCGCCUACCGCGAACCCGAACCCGAACCCGUUUCUCAAUCCGCACCACCAUCGCUCUCCGUCGGAGCUUCGCUUCGCCAGAUGGAACAACGCCAACGCCGAGAGGUUUAACGAGCAACGCAGGUCCCUCCAAGAUAUCGAGGAUGAUAUCCGCCGAGAGCGUCGCUUUGAUUCCGCCACCAGGAUUGCCACUGUUUACGACUCCGCCUCCACCAGAACCACCAACGGCGACGACGGUUUCAAAUCCAUUGGUACACCUUCUUACCCGUCGACUCCUUCUAUCCCUGGUAAGAAGUCCAAGUACUCUAAGAACCCUAAUCCUCCCACCGAUUCGCACCCGGCAUUUCGCCGGGCUUCAAAAUCCGCUAGAAAGAUCUCGAAAGUGACCAAAGAGAAGCCCACAGGCGAUCGUGCAGCUCGUGUUCAAAUUGGUGAGGAUGGGAUGUCGUAUGUGAUCGACGGAGCUCCAUUUGAGUUCAAGUACAGUUAUACAGAGACUCCAAAGGUGCAGCCUCUUAAGCUCCGGGAGGCGCCUUACGUGCCGUUUGGGCCCACGACUAUGCCCAGGCCGUGGACCGGUCGUGCCCCAUUACCUCCGAGCAAGAAGAAGUUGAAGGAAUUUGAUUCUUUUCAGCUGCCGCCGCCGCAUAAGAAGGGAGUUAAGCCGGUACAGGCGCCCGGCCCCUACUUACCGGGGUCGGGGCCAAAAUACGUGAUGUCAAGGGAGGAGAUAUUGGGGGAACCAUUGACACGGGAGGAAAUUAAGGACUUGAUUGAUGGGUGUCUCAGAACCAGGAGGCAAUUGAAUAUGGGUAGAGAUGGCUUGACACAUAACAUGUUGGAUAAUAUACAUGCUCUUUGGAAGAGGCGGAGAGUUUGCAAGAUCAAAUGCAAAGGAGUGUGUACGGUCGACAUGGACAAUGUUCGCCAGCAGUUAGAGGAAAGAACUGGAGGAAAGAUAAUCUAUAGUAAAGGGGGAGUAAUAUUUCUUUUCAGAGGCAGAAACUACAACUACAGAACUCGGCCGAAGUUUCCUCUCAUGUUAUGGAAACCUAUUACACCUGUAUAUCCUAGGCUCAUUCCGCGGAUUCCUGAAGGUCUGACAUCAGAAGAGGCAUUUGAAAUGCGCAAGAAGGGACAGAAUCUGAUACCAAUAUGCAAGCUAGGGAAAAAUGGUGUGUAUUGUGACCUGGUACAACAUGUCAGAGAAGCGUUUGAAGAGUGUGAACUAGUACGGAUUAAUUGCCAAGGAAUGAAUGGUAGUGAUUACCGAAAGAUAGGUGCUAAGCUAAAGGAUCUUGUCCCUUGUGUGCUGUUAUCAUUUGCUAACGAGCACAUACUUAUUUGGAGAGGACGUAAUUGGACAUUCUCCCUCUCAAAACCAGAAACGGAUUCUGAGGAUGCCAAGGAAUCUGGUAUUAAUAGCGAAGGUUCCGUUGCUUCAACUAUGGAAAACAAAUUAGUAACCACGAUGACAGGCUCAAUUAGUGAUUCAAGUUCUGAUUUGCUCAGUACAAACACAAUGCAAAGAGGAUUUGAAGUUAUGGGUACAGAGGGAAAUGAGGAUUUAUCAUCUGUACAACAUGUUGAAUUAUCCUCUUCAACUGGUGAAGUUUCAAAUGAAGUAACGACAUUUGAAACUGAAAAUAGAUCUGAUAUUAAAAGCCCUGUAGAUGAUGUUUCAGGAGCUACGAGGGAAAUGUACUACAAUGCAAGUGUAUCAGAUAGUCCUGGCAGGACUGAUGUGGAGCCUCCUAUUAAUACUGAUGCAUCUAGAACUGAAACCAUAUUGGAUAUAGCCCCAGAUGAUCAAUUGUCGAUGACAAGGUCAGGAUCUGAUACCAUACCGCCCGAUGUUGGUAGUAUUGAAACGAAAUUGGACUCUGCUGCAACAGUUUCCUUAGCUAAUGAGAAGCAGCAAGUUACUUCAGAAGCCUUGCUAGAUGCUAGCCAGCCAUCAAAGAUUUAUGCGCCUUGUACAGAGGGAGUAUUAGCACUCUUGCAACAAGCUGUUGAGGGUGGGAUGGCAAUUGUUUUAGAUGAUCCACAGUUAGAUGCUGACAUUGUCUAUCAAAAGACAGUUGCCUUUUCUCAGUCUGCUCCCCCUGGCCCUGUCUUUAAGCUUCAGCCAAAGAAAGUGCGGAUCAAAACGGCUGAAAAAGAAGAUAACAAGAAGCAAAAUGUUGAGGACGUGGAACCAAAGAAGACAUUAACAGUAGGUGUAAAGGAAAGAAACACGAAAAAGGAAAUAUUGACAGUGGCUGCAAAGGAAAGAAACACAAAAAGGGGUUCAAAAAUUCUUAGGAAAAAUGAUUUUGAUGAACCUUUACAAAAUGUUGUACCUUUGGGAAGCUUAAGAGUUGAUGAACUAGCCAAACUAUUAGCAUGAUGUAUAUCAUUUCUGAAAUGUAUUAUAUCAAUAAUUACAUUCAUUCAUUACCUUAAGCUAUAAAGUUCUGCAUUUACUUUUAUGCAGCUCCUAUAUUUGUCAAUUGUUUUGGCUUUAAUGAAAUUUUCCGUUUCAAAUGAA